AUGUUGAGCGACAUGGGAGGUCAGCCCAACACGGAUGGCGGCGACCAUGAGGCCAACGCCGGGGGUCAGGGAGGGACAGCGACAGCACGAUCAGCGCAGGCGUAUGAAGGGAUGCGGGCGCUGCGUCAGGGAAGUUGUGCCAGCUGUGAGACCCCGGUACAGCCCGGUGAUUUGCUUUGGCCGUGUACCGCGCCCGGGCCCAACGGCCGCCGCAUCUGGAAACAUCUGGCUUGCGCGCAGCGUGAGGUGGACGGCCCACUUGUCAAGCCGCAGUGCAAGCAUUGGCUGCGCACGGGCACUUGUCGCUACGGGACCGACUGCUUUUUCCUUCACCCCGAGCCCGAGGGCCAGCAUCGCCGGGCCCAGUUGCUGGCCGAAGCACAAGACCGCGCGCGCCGGGCUCGCCCUGACCGGCAUGGCGAACUGCGCGUGGCCGUUCAGAACCGGGGACCGGGCCGGCGCAACAAGGUGCGCAACGCGUUUCGAGCGGCUGCCUUUCGGCGCUUUCUAGUAGACACCUUUGGCCUUGAAAGUCUGCGCUCGGGCACCGGCGUACUGGACGUGGCCUCGGGCAAGGGUGACCUGGCCUACGAACUCUCGGCUCUGAACGGUGUCCCCGUCACGUGCAUCGAACCGAGACAACUGCGUCUUCAGCAAGUGGUCUUGCGCCUGCGUCACAACUACUACCACCAAAACCCUCUUUUUGCAAGCUACAAUCGCUUUCCAACCCCGGCCGAAUGCGAGGCCCAGCGUGCGCCUCUGCGUCACCUUCGCAUCUUGCUGCGCCUGUGUGCAGAUCGCUGCGAUCAGAUUGAGGCUCUAUCCAGCCCCGAGGCUUGGGAUACGGCCCGCACCGCAGCCCAAACUCUAGUUUGGGAUCGACGUGGCCUGCACGGACCCUCUGACACUGCUGAAGCAACCUCUUCCGCGUGUACCCCAGAUGCUCGCCCGUUGAGCCCCGCUCUGGCUGCCCAAGCGGCAGAACGGGACCCUUUCCCACCAUCGGUAGCUGAUGCUGAUGUGGACAAGACAGUGGCUGCAACAGAUGUCAGUCAAGAGGCCACGGCUAUGCCUGCAACAGAGGCACCGCUGCCAUGUGCCACGGAGGUGUGGGACCGGGCGGUUGCUUCCCAACUGGUGCAUGAAUGUGCCCUGAUUGUGGGCAUGCAUCCCGACCAAGCAGCAGGGGACCUCAUUGAUCUAGCCUUGGCCUUGAAUAAACCGUUUGCACUCACGCCCUGCUGCACCUAUGCCAAGGAAUUUCCCAAACGUCGCCUCGCCAACGGCACCCCCGUGCGCUCCUACUCGCAACUCCUCGACUUCCUGCAGCAGAAACACCCCUCCAUUCAGCGCUGCCAACUUGACUUUGAAGGCAAAAAUGUGUGCCUCUAUCGUCUGUGCCCUUGA